AUGUUUGGCGAUGAUGCAAAAAAAGAAAUUAUGAAAAUUCCGCAUUCAGACGAUACAAUAAAAAACAGAAUUAUACACAUGUCAGAUGAUAUUGAGAAAACUGUCACUAACAAGCUUACUACUAAUAAACUAUAUUUCGCUUUGCAAAUUGACGAGUCUACUGAUAUCAGUGUUAUAGCUCACGUAUUAGGAUUUGUUCGUUUCAUUGAUGAAAAUAAAAUAGUGAAUCAAUUUUUAUUCUGUAAACAACUUACUGAACGUACAACAGGACAUAAUGUUUUUGAUUCAAUUUCGUCAUAUUUAGAUAAAUUUAACAUAACAUGGGACCAAUAUGUAGGAAUCUGCACCGAUGGAGCUCCUUCAAUGGUUGGUUCUAUUAAAGGAUUUACAACAUUAGCGAAGAAAAAAAAUCCUAAUAUCAUAUCUACACAUUGUUUUUUACACCGAGAAUCACUUAUUUCGAAAACAUUACCUAUUACAUUAAAGUCUGUAUUGGAUAAAAUUGUAAGCAUGGUUAACUACAUAAAAUCGCGUCCAUUACAAUCACGCCUAUUUAAAAAACUGUGUGAAUCAAUGGAAGCUCAGCACGUAUGUUUACUUUUACAUUGUGAAGUAAGAUGGUUAUCGCGAGGUAAAGUUCUAAAUCGAAUUCUGGAACUUAAGAAUGAAUUGUUAAUGUUUUUUCAAAACGAAGGUAACACUGUUUUUAUAUCUUUUCUUACAGACGAUAUUUGGUGUGUUAAAAUGGCAUAUUUAGUUGAUAUUUUUAAUUAUUUAAAUAGCGUAAAUGCUGGUAUGCAAGAACAUUUAGCAUUAUUAGAAGAAAAAAUCACGAAAUACUUUCCUGAAUUGAAUAUUGAAAAGUAUGAUUGGAUACGAAAUCCAUUUUCUACCAUCAACACGUCAAGUUAUGAAUUUACGUUAGAAGAAGAGGAAGAAUUCAUAACGCUAACAACAGAUCGAACUCUAAAAAUAAAAUUUUCCUAA